GAGAACGCGUAUCUGAUUCGAGAAGAGAGAAAGAGAGGAAAGGGAAAUGCUGCAAGCGGAUUUACGCUCCGCCCUGCAAUUUGCAGCGACCGUUUGUUAUGUGAAUCCGAUCUUACCAUUCGGGAGAGAUCCGAAUCUGAGGACAUCUUCCUCUUCCAAAUCCUGCCAUUAUUUCCUGCCACGUGCACCCUCCAUCAGGCCCAUCUCCUUGUCACGUGCGGCCGUCGAGAAGAAGCAGCAGGAGAAGCCGUCCAUCUGUACGGCCGACGAGCUUCACUACGUCGCCGUUCCCGCCACUGAAUGGAAGCUCGCUCUCUGGCGAUACACGCCUUCCCCCAAUGUGCCUCCGAGGAAUCAUCCUCUGUUGCUUUUGUCGGGGGUAGGAACGAACGCCAUCGGAUUCGAUCUCGCUCCUGAGUCUUCAUUUGCACGUUACAUGUCUAGCCAAGGAUUUGAUACAUGGAUUCUUGAAGUACGAGGUGCUGGAUUGAGCACACAAGAAGGCGAGUCCAAAGCUAUUGAGCAGUCCACCAAUAGUUAUGUUACAUCUGAGCUGGUAAAGUCCAUCAAUAAGAGUGUCACUGGUGGUGCUUUUUCCUCAGAAACAAGCACCACUGCUUUAUCAGAGUCUGGAAACUCUAUUGUCAAAGCAAACAAGACAAUGACAGUGAGGGAUGAAUCACAACUGGCAUCAAGGCUCACUGACACUUUAUUGCGUUUGGCAGAACGACUCUCAGGCUUUCUCAGCGAAGGUCAAUCAAGGGUUAUGUCAGCUAAACUAUUUGAUCAAAUAUCGAAAAUUUUAGAAGAUGCCCAGUUAUCUGAGCGCUUUAAUGAGAUCAGAGGAAAACUUUCAGGUUUACUAGAAACAAGGCAAAACUCUGCUAUUGCCAAGCAAAUCAGAGAACUGAGUCAACGACUUGUAAAUAGUAUUGAGGAAGGUCAACGCUCCGUUUCACCACAGUUCUUUGACUUGCAAGAGCGUCUUCUUACAACCAUUGAGGAUUUCCAGAAGCAGCUUGACCUGAUUGUGAAGUAUGAUUGGGACUUUGACAACUACCUGGAAGAGGACGUGCCUGCUGCGAUGGAAUAUAUAAGGGCUCAAUGCAAGCCAAAGGAUGGAAAGUUGCUUGCGAUUGGUCACUCCAUGGGGGGAAUUUUGCUAUACGCAAUGCUGUCACGACGUGGUUAUGAAGGAGGACAAUCUGGAUUGGGCGCAGUUGUUACUUUAGGAUCAUCUCUUGACUAUACUUCUUCAAAAUCUUCACUCAAGUUGUUAUUGCCUCUUGCUGAUCCUGCGCAAGCUCUUAAUGUUCCUGUUGUCCCCCUAGGAGCACUAUUGGCGGCUGUUUACCCACUUUCAAUUCGCCCUCCUUAUGUUUUGUCUUGGCUUAAUCCUCAGAUUUCAGCUGAGGACAUGAUGCAUCCUGAGUUGUUUGAAAAGCUUGUUUUGAACAACUUCUUCCAAACAGGCCCUAGUGAAUAAAGAUGAUUGGUCGAUUCCACAUCUUCCAUGCACAUGAAGUAGAUGUUAGGAAGGACGAGGGCUCUUCUUUGCAGAUUAUCGAUAGUUAAAAUUCUUUUCCUUCCCACUAGCCACGCAAAUGUUGUCACUCUUGGAGCACAAUAUGCUGUCACUCUAGGGAGGUGGAAGUUGGUAAUAUCCUUGAAAUUCAAGCCAUCGACUAGAGAGUACUCGAAUCAGCCUAGGAAGGAGAUAAAUGAAGGUGGCGAUCUCAAGCUACGUGGUUAAAAGAAGGUGAUAAGAAUACAAAGCUCUUUCAUAGCAUUGCAAGUGCCCAGGCAAGGAAAUAAUAGGAUUCAGUGUAUUGAUAGGCGGAAGAAGGGUAAACAAUAACGCUUAAGUCUAUCCAUCAAAGGAUGGAAGUGGCCACGACUAGAGAAUUUAGCAUUUAACCAAACUUCGAAAUUAGGUGUUGAAUCUCUUGAAAAGCCAUUUUUUGAAGAGGAAGUCAAAGUGGUAGUGAUAUCCUUGGGUAGGGACAAGGCCUUGGGUUCAUACGGCUACCAUCUUUCUUUUAAGUAUUUUAGGAAGUGGUGAAGGGUGACUUGAUGAACCUCGUAUUCAAGAUUUUCAAAUGCCAUUUGUCGAGGGACCUUGGAUCCUCAUUUAUAGCCAUUAUUCUGAAGAUUGAAGGCGCGAAAAGUUUGCAAGGUUUUUAGGCCAAUCAAUCUUAUUAGGGGCCUUUAUGAGAUCUUAGCCAAAAUUCUUGCAUCCAGGUUUCUGGUGGUCCUUGAAAGUGUUAUUUCAAAAGGCUUAAGGCGCAUUUGGGUUGGGAAGACAAAUUCUUGACAGUGCUCUCAUGGCUCAUGAUUGUAUUGACGACUCUCGACAUGGGAAUGGUAAAAAAGGCAUCGUCUGCAAGCCAGAUAUUGAGAAAGCUUAUGAUCAUGUUGAUUAGGACAUUCUCGACUACAUGUUGGGAUGUGGGCAAAAAUGGAAGAAGUGGACAGUCUCUAUUUGCUCUCCUCCUGCUUGAUCCCAUUCAUGUAGUCAAGAGAUAGUUGGCACUUGUAGCUUUUUCCUCCUCAGACAAAAGACUCCCCUCUUCCUUGACAUUAAGCGAUUAAUUGGCCAUGAGGAUUCUACCAACUUCAGCCUUCUUGUUCCCGAAGAAGUCCUUCCUUCAGUCAACAAGCUUCCCUUUUAACAGCUUAAGUUUUUGGCUUAAUACAAAACCUGCAAAUCCUUCAAUUUGGAAAGACUCCCACCACCUCUUGAUCUUGGUAGGAGAGGCUUUCUGUCUUGAGCUCGAACCUGAAUGGUUUGGGCCCCAGAUCUCUUCCUUGACUUCCAACAAGACUGGCCAAUGGUCAAACAUAGGGCGGGGGAGACCUCUUUGCUUCACAAGGGGCAACUUCUCCAGCCAGUUGUGGAGACGAAAAAUCUAUCAAAUCGAAAUAAGAUGGACCACUCCUGGCUAUUUGUCCAUGUGAAUCUUAUGUCUCCAAGGAGCAAGUCCACGAGCUCAUUCCUGACUACCCAAUCAGAGUUCUUCAUGCUACAGGAGAUGUGGCCACCAUUUGACUCGUUGUAGGUGAAUUUGAUGACAUUGAAGUCACCUCCUAGGCACCACGGCUUCGACAAUCUGGCUCGAUGGAGUUGAGCUUGUCCCACAAGAGGUGCUUUUAACAACCUGAGUUGGCUCGUAGACCACUGUGAAGAGCCACCUGAAACCUGUGGCGGAUUCCUUGAGGACGACGGAAACAGAGGAGCCUAGCCACGAGUCCUUUUUAACCCAAGUUCUGGUAUUCCCUAGCCACUAGACAAGCUAAAGGGUUGUAAUCUCCUUUUCCUUGGAGUGUAGUCGAUCCGCUAUCUCAGUGGCCCCGCUCCCUUGUUUUGUUUUGUAUCUUGUUUUCUUUCCUUUUAAUAUAAUUCUCGUGACUCUUCAAAAAAAAAUAAUCCCUGGCCACUAGAAUACUUUCCACAUAGCCUUCAACGUUGAGUAAUAACCAGUUUUUGGAAUUAGGCCCCAAGAUGGAAUCUAUCACUUGCCAAUUAAUAGACUGGAGCUUAGUCUCCUUGAGGGAAAUCAGUUGAGGCCAUGCCACGAGGGCCCACACUUUAAGGCUGAAC